AUGACGUCUAAUCAGGGUGGCAGUAAGAAUCCACGAAAAUCGAACGAUGAGGACAUUCGACUUGAACAUACAUUAGAAGGAAGAGAAGAUCCAAUAUAUGAUGCUCCUAAAGAAUAUAACGGUAAACUUGUUAUAAAUGUUCCUGAACGUCGAUUUGGUCCUCCACCAAUUAAUCAACAAUCUUCAGAAUAUAAAAUUCAUCUUGAACAAAUGGAUUAUAUUAACAAACAUAGUGAAUUAAAACCAUGGUUAGAUUCAAUUCUUACACAUCGAUUGAUGGAAACUGUUCAUGGAGAUCAAGGACAUCCUCAACAACCAUAUCAAGAUAUAUAUUUAUUAACAUACGAUCAAGCACUUAUUCAUGGAUUUUUACUUUUACAUGAGAAUAGUCGACAGCAUUAUACAUAUUUAAUUUGUCAUGGAAUACGACAUCAAAUAGAAGAUCUAAGUUCAAUAGCUGAUCGAUUUUAUAAAGAUUUUGGUAAUGUUUUAAUAAUUGACUAUCGAGGAUUUGGAAAUUCACCCGGCAAACAAUCAGAACGUGGAGCUUAUAUUGAUGUUCAAACAGCUUUUGAUUAUCUUUUAACAUUAGAUGAAAUUGAUCCAAAACGAAUUAUUGUCUAUGGUGUAAGUAUGGGUGUUGCUUUAGUUAUACAAUUAGCAAGUGAAUCUCAUAAUUCAGAUAAUAUUCAUGCCUGUAUCUUAGAAAAUGGUUUUACAUCGUUUAAAGAUGCAGCAUCAGCUAAAUCAACUAUAGCAUGGUUAUUACCAUCAAAAUUAUUUUCUGUUGGAAUGAGAUCGAUUGAUAAAGUUCAUCAACUUCGUGUACCUGUUAUGUAUUUAAGUGGAUUAAAUGAUGAAAUGAUUAAUCCAAUACAUACAAAACAACUUUUUCAAGCAACAACAAAUUCCAAACAUGUACAAUUAGAGAUUUAUGAAGAUGCUGGACAUACAAAUGUUAAAGAAAUGCCUGAUUAUAUAAAUCGAUCAUAUGUACCAUUUAUGAAAGCAGUAUGGAAUGUACAAAAUCAAGAUGAAUCAAUUCCUCAACCACCUAUUCUUGUUGCUGAUCAUGAAAAAAAUUGA